CCUCUGCUCCGAUUGGUCGCUGCGGGACGCGUCUCAAAGCUGUCGCCGGAAGUGGGCGGGGCCGACGCGUUUGUUGUGCUUGAGGCCAUUUCCGGCGCAGGCCUGAGGCUCCGGGAGGCCAGCCUGUCCCCAUGAGUUCCCCGGUGGAGGAUGUCCAUGAUCCUCUUUGCCUGCGUGGUGCGGGUGAGGGACGGACUCCCACUCUCGGCCUCCACAGACUUUCACCUUGACCAGGAUUUCUUGGAAUGCAGGAAGAAACUCAAGGCCUUGUCGUCCAUCCUGACACAGUAUCCAGAGCGGGGUACAGCCACCGAACGUGACCUCAGCAUACACUUCCAUUCCUCUGGAGACAUUGCCUGCAUGGGCAUCUGCAGAAACAGCUAUCCCACAGUCAUGGCCUUCUGCUUCUUGGAAGAGCUCCAGUGGGAAUUUGCCACUACUUAUGAUGGUUCAAGUGUGGGCCUGGCAUCCAGGCCAUAUGCUUUUCUUGAAUUUGACAAUGUCAUUCAGAAAGUCAAAAGCCGUUUCAAUUACACAAACUGUGCGCAGACAGCAUUCAACAUGGAAAAAAUCCAGGAAGAGCUUCGCUUGCAGCCUCCUGCGCUUAUCAGGUUGGAAGACACAGCAUUGAUGAACGGGAUGGUGAACGGCCACACGGAGCUCCAUGCCGAAUCUGCCCCCACUUACCGAAUGCAACCAGUGUCUCCAUUGGGAAUUUUAUCUCUGGUUCUCAACAUCAUGUGUGGUGCCUUGAAUCUCAUUCGAGGAGUUCAUCUUGCAGAGUAUUCUUUUCAGGAAGAUCGCACAGGAAUUGGGAAAGUCAUAGCAUUCCUUCUGCCUUUUGUAUCCUGUUUCCUGUUGUGCUAUCUCUACCUGUUCUACAGCUCAGCCAGGAAGAUAAAGGUCUUCAUACUUUUUGUCACGAUCUGUAUAUGCAACAUUUAUUUGUACGGACUGAGGAACAUCUGGCAGAUACUCUUCCACAUCGGGGUGGCUUCGUUUUCCUCCCAUCAGAUACUAACACGGCAGGUUUCAGAGAAACAGCCAGAUUUCGGAGUAUGAACAAAAGAAAAUUAGGCAUCUGGAAAUGUGUUUAGUCAGAACUUUGGGUUUGGGAGGGGUAUUUAAGGUUGGUCACGGUUAGCUUCCAUUAUAUGGAAGUCCCAUUCCUGUUUAGAUAGUGGGUUUUAGCACUCAUAUCAACAGAAUGGACCAGAAUGACUAUGGUAUUCAGUUUAAGGCAAGAGGUUCUACACACCAGCCCUUUACAGUUUUAAUGCACAAAACGUACACAAGGAGCUGAAUAUCUGCUCAAGCAGGGAAAUCAGUCUGGAGAUUUCAUGAAUAUGAGCACCAUACUGGUCUGGACUUUGGAGAAGAUAGUAGGAAAGCUGCAGCAGGAACAAUCAGUUUGCCUGUCCUGUUUGGCAGACAUGGACCAGAUUGUAAAAUACAAUCAGCUCUGGACAAGCCAAAAAGUGAAGACCUGUCCCACUGGCAGAGGAGGACUUUAAAAGCAGGGGACAGCAGCCUUUUUCCUCUUUUCUUUUGGAUAAUUUUAAGGGUGGGUUGGAAUCCACAUGCCAACAGGCUGAAGCCUGCGUUGAACAGGGAAGUGGCUUUUCUCAUUCUCCACUUUUCCUUUAAUCCCCUUCCUCUCAGGUGGGAAAAAAGAGAAAUCACUCUUAUAAAGGUUUCAGCACUGACUUGCACAAGGUUUUUAAAAUGAAGCUGAGGACUGUAGGAGAUUAUAGUAUGGGCCAGAUGCCAUCUACGAAGCACAACUUUUCUUCAAAUAAUCAUUCAUUUAAAUUAGCAGUUAGCAUUAGGUCAGGCAUGGGCAAACUUUGACUCUCCAGGUGUUUUGGACUCCAACUCUCACAAUUCCUAACAGCCUGCCGGCUGUUAGGAAUUGUGGGAGUUGGAGUCCAAACUAUAUAGAGGGCAGAAGUUUGCCUAUGUCUGUGUUAGGGGCAUUGCAUAGGUUCUUGAAUGAUUUGUCUGUUUCAAAUCAGAGACUCAGUGUGCUGUAGUGGUUUGAGCAUUGGGCUAUGAUUCAGAAGACCACUGGAGUAUCAAUCUCAGGAAAGUUGUGGCAAACCCUGGAACAGAUCUUGCUGAGUAAAACCACAAGGGGUUGCUGUGACUCGGAAACAACUUGAAGGUACACAACAGCAACAGUAACAAGGUUUGCAUGCAUUAGACAAGUGAAUUGAGGACCAUUCCCAUGUAAGGUAAAGCUAAAAGUUUCCCUUGACAUCAAGUCCAGUCAUGUCUGACUCUGGGGGUUGGUGCCCAUCUCCAAUUCUAAGCCGAAGAGCCGGUGUUGUCCGUAGACACCUCCAAGGUCAUGUGGCCAAUGGCAUGACUGCAUGGAGUGCUGUUACCUUCCCGCUGGAGCAGUACCUAUUGAUCUCACAUUUGCAUGUUUUUAAACUGCUAGGUUAGCAGAAGCUGGAGCUAACAGCGGGCGCUCAUUCCGCUCCCCGGAUUCGAACCUGCGACCUUUUGGUUCACAAGUUCAGCAGCUCAGUGCUUUAACUCACUGUGCCACUGGAGGCCCCAUGUACACAUUCCCAUGUACGUAUCUGAAAAGAUUGGUGGGAAAGACAACACAAUAAGUGUUUUGGAGAGCAUACCAGGCAGGAAUUCCUUGUACAAUUCAACCUUUUUCCUCUUGUCUAAGGCCCUGAAAGUUUUAACAGUGUCUGUGUUGGCAGUGAGCCUCCAGUAAUGUGUUUGGUGUCUAUUGUGCUGACUCUGUGCUAAUAUAUCACACAUACAGAGUUUGAUGAGUAAAGAAGGAACACUGCAAACUGAAUGCAAAGUAUGAUUUCCCCAGGAGGGAUCCCUGUAUAUAAGAUGUAAACAUCUGUGCCUUGGAUAUGGGUUUAGUUAUGGCAGGUGAUUGAGACUCUGAAGCCUUUGGCAGCUUGCUCAGUGGUCAGGAAUUCUGGGAGCUGGAGUCCAAAACAGCUAGCGGGCCAAAGGCUGGACUUCACUGGGUUCUAGGGAUCUCACUGUAUCACCCCUAUUCUUACACCAAGGAUAAUAAGAGUUUAAUGUUGUGGGACUGCCUCCUAGUAUGAUCUAGUGGUUUGACCAUUAGAUUAUAACUCUGGAGACCAGAGUUUGAGUCCCCACCUGGCAAUAGAAACCGAUUGGAUGAUGGUCAAGUCACAUUCUCUCAGCCUCAAAAGCAAUGGCUAAUCCUAUUUGAACCAAUCCUGCCAAGAAACUCCUGUGAUAGGUCGGUCUACAAAUUGGAAAUGAUAUAAUUUGAGGACUAACACACUCAUCUCUGUUUUGGUUUAUUGUCAUUGUUCCACUCUUCUCGUCCACAGCAAUGCAGAACUGUUUGCUUAAUAAAAGAAAAGAAAUUAUUCAGUCCAUGUUUAUUAGAACAAAAUGGAACAAAUGCCCAUUUGUGUAAGUGGUCUACAUGGAUUACUCACCAUUUGCUUUGAUCUGAUAUACUCAGAAGUCUCACAGAAGUUCCCUUUUUAAACCUUGAUAUUAUGGAGCUGGUUAACUCAAGUUGGGGGGAAAGAUUCAUUCUGACAUAUUGAAACCUGUGUUUUAUGUUUGCUAAGGACUGUGCUUGAAUUUUUCAGGGUUGCUUUUUCAUCUAGCCCCAUAAAUGGGGUUUUGAUACUUAAAAAUAUUUGUGGUUGGAAUAAUCAUGUUUUAUAUCUUCCAAAAAAUGACAAUUCCCCUUUUUUUGUUCACACCUUUCCCUAAUAUUUAUCGUGUUUGGAUACAGAUAUAUUUUUAAAUACUUGAUUAUUUUGUUUCCCACAAAACCAAUACAGUUUUGAUGAAAGGAAAGAGCCGUGAAAUCUAGCAAUUGGCUUAAAAACAAAAUAUGUUGAGAUUCUAAGUGGGAUCUUUUUAAAAAGAGAUGAUCAGAGACUUAAGAUCCUAAACUCCCAACCUUUAUUUUUAAACCAAAGACAUUUGAUUUUUAAAAUAAUGCUUAGUAGGAAAAGAGCUGCUGAUUUUGGGGAAAGUUUUUUUUUUUUUGCACUGUAAUGGAGGUCUGGAUUUCCGGAAAAAUAAUUUUUUGCAUGAGUGUAAAUAUGUAUAUACUCAACAGGUGAUUGGAGUAAAAUGAGUAAAUUACUUUUUUGUA